AUGGAAAGCUCAGCUCCCCCGCUCCCUCGAGUCCCUGGUGGCCUAGAUUUUACAUUUGCAGCGUUGAGUUUCGCGUCUCACGACGGCUUGGCUGUCUGCAGCACCCACGGUCUGCAAAGACGGACUAUACCGACGUCGUUGCUGACGGAUGUGGCCUCUCCCACAUCCCGGAGCCACGGAAGUCUUUCAAAGGCCAAAUGCUGCAUAGGACCUAAGCUUGCUGCAGACAGCCGAGUCGUCGUAACAGCGCGGAGCCGCGAACCAAACGCAGGACUUCAGCACAUCAACCAAGCAACCUUUGACACGGAAGGUGGUGAUCCAGCCACUGACGAGGGGCUCAAGAUGAUCUGGAAUGCAGAUGUUUUGGGCGAUCAGGGGCAGACGGGCAAAACGGAGGGUGUUGGCGGCUGGGCAGCGGGAGUGGCAGCGUGUUUUCCUCUUUCUUCCUCUUUCUCUCAGCCUUCUCUCAACUCGACCGUCGUCCCGUGGAGCCUCAAGAAAAAGUUUGCAUGA